AAAAGUUUCUGAUAAAUCUAUCAAAAAAGUAGUAAAAGUAAUAGUUUUUUGUGAAAAAUCUGAGUAAUUACAUAAAAGUAUUUAAUGGAUUAUAUGUAUAUCGACGGCAAGUGUGAAAUCAACAUCCAUCGUUGGAAGUAUCAGGUGAACAGGAUGUUGGUGUAUAUACUAGAUAAUGUCAUUAUCAAAUUCGAAAUGUUUAUUAUAAACAAAGACAAGUGUGUAAUUUAUUUAUUUCAUAUUAUGAAGUUUAUUUUCGUAAAGUAUAUAUGAUGAGGACUGAAGAAUAUAAAUCAAUAAAUAGUGCGUGGUGAAUGUUGACUGAAAUAUUAGUUCUGGAUUUAAAAGUGUUAUAUUAUUGUGAAAGCAAAAUAGGAUUCGGAUUCAUUUAAGGAAGAGGAUAAUACAAAGUAGCAGUUGGAUGGUCCACUACAUAGCAGAUGCGGUAUUGAAAUGUAUGAUAAGGCGAUCGCUUAGUUGUAAGAAGAAUAAUUAUUUCUCUUCUACAAGGAUGGAAGGACAAACAGUUUUAUCUCUUCCCUUGGCAACUCAGAAGUCAUCUCCGCCACCUCAACCACAAACAAAUUCAAAACCAAAUCAGGUGGGUACAGUUGCAUUAUAUGGCAUCCAUAUAGUUUCAUUGGUGAUUGAGGGUCAGGAGAGAUUGUGUCUUGCACAAAUCAGCAACACAUUGUUAAAGCAAUUCAGUUACAAUGAAAUACACAAUAGACGAGUUGCAUUGGGCAUUACUUGUGUUCAAUGCACACCUGUACAAUUGGAAAUUCUUCGAAGAGCCGGUGCAAUGCCAGUCUCUUCAAGAAGAUGUGGAAUGAUAACUCGCAGGGAAGCCGAAAGGCUCUGCAAAUCAUUUCUCGGUGACAAUGCACCUCCAAGAUUACCGGAAGAUUUUGCAUUUACCGUUCAUCAUGAGUGUGCAUUCGGUUGUCGGGGGGCAUUUUUACCAGCGCGUUACAAUAGUUCGCGGGCAAAAUGCAUCAAGUGCGCCUAUUGUGGCCUCUUUUUUUCGCCGAAUAAAUUUAUUUUUCAUUCACAUCGAAUUAGUCCUGCUGAUAAAUAUGUGCAGCCGGACGCGGCAAAUUUUAAUUCCUGGAGGAGGCAUAUGAAAUUGUCGGGCAAUCCACCGGACGAGGUGGUGCACGCUUGGGAGGAUGUUAAGGCAAUGUUCAAUGGUGGUACAAGAAAACGAUUGCUUUCAAAUCCCAGUAGUCGUAUAUCGCCAAGUCCAACAAAACGAGCACGACAUUCGCCAACAACGGAAAUUCCAUCUCCAAUUCCGCCGCCUCCAGUUGCUCAUCCGAGAGUUCCGCCAUUUCCUGAACUUCCGUUGCCAUUGUCGAGGAGUUUUAUCAUGGAUUGCGUUUGGCAUCAACAUCAACAGGCUGCCGCUGUUGCUGUCGCUAAAACACCUGGUUUUGCAUUUCCACCUUAUGCAUUGCCUUGGCUGACGAAACGAUGUCUAUUUCCUGGACCUUUACCACCACCAAUUGGAACAACUCCAUCGGAACCAAUUUUACCAUCGUCGGUUAAUGGUUCCAUUCAUCAAUCAGCUUUUCGGCCUGUAAUUCGUGUACCUCCAAUUGUCGAGAAUUCAAUUCAAGAUCCCGUCGCGGAUGUUCCAUCCAACAAGGAUGAAAGUUCCGAUGAUGAAGUUGAUAUUGAAACGACUGAAGACGACGUUUCUGCUCCAUUAAGUGUCAACUUUACGAAUCUCAAUUCAUCAUCUAAUUCCGUUAUCAGCAAUCACAAUGGAAACAGUACGUCCGCAUCUCCUCAAUGUUGGAGUCCUCCACGAGAUACGGAACGUGAAGCGGAAAAAGUUGCAGAGGAAGUGACAGCACUUCGUGACAUUAAACCCGAAAUGUCACCAGCCAGAUGUGUGGAAAGCUGGCACAGCAAUAGUUCUUCUUACAGACGUUUAAAUUUAUUAAGCAAAGAGAGAGAAAUAUCAGAUAGGAGCACUCCAGAAUGUUCAGCUUGUCGACCACGUGGUGCUUUUUAUGGUCAAGUCUACAGUCCCUCCACUCCGACAAAUUAAAUCAAAUUACUGAAAAAAAAUUCGCUUUCACUCCCUCUCUCUCUCUCUCUCACUCUCUCUUUCUUAACUCCUCGUUAAGAAAGUAAAACUAUUAUAAUGUACACAAAAAUUUAUUAGAAGGAUUCUAGUCAUCUUGGAAGAAAAUUAUAAUAAAAUGUUGUAUAAAAAUAAAAAAAUAUUGAAAAGCAAUUUGGAAUAUAUAUAUAAAAAAAAUAACCAAAGAAACGAAAUUAAUUAAGGAUUGUAUAAGACACCUGUAACGAUAAAUUAUGUAUACUAUGUCAAUAUUGCAUGGCAAUGUUGCCAAUAUUGCGAGGCAAUAUUGCAUUAAUAUUAUCGAAGGGCUUAAUUUGCGCUUAAUUACUAUGUGUAAUUAUUAUUAUAAUCUAGUCACACUUCUCUUAUAAUAGAAUAUAUUCUAAACGCAUCGCACAUUGUUAUUUAGAAUGUACUGCCAGGAGUAAUAAAUUAAUAAUGCAAUUAUUCUGAUUAGCCGAUAUUUAUU